GGACCUUGUCAAAUCUGGAAACUCGGAAGACGACUCCGGAGGACAGUUCACCACUUCAGUUCUUACCAUUAAAGCCGCAUGAAUAAGAAUCGGUCGACAAGAUCAACUUCAAGCGACCAUGGCUUCAGCAUUGCUCUUUCUACGCAGACUCACCAUAUUCCUCCUCCUCUUCCACCCCCCUGACGGUGGUUGAGUUGAGCUUUCACAUCCUCAUACCCUCCUCUUAGUUCCACCGCACCUAGGUAGUCACAACUUCACUAUGAAACUCCAAACCCUCCUCACCGCCGCCCUCCUCACGGGCUUCGCGACGGCCAUCGGCCCACCCAACCCCAAAACCCCUCCCCGUCUCCGAGGCAAGCGGGAAAAGAUGGAAAACUGGAAGUGGCCCAACCCCUUCGAAUCCCCCCGCCUCUCAAAAUUCGACACCACCUGCGAAGUCGAACGCCUCUUCAAAGCCGGCGACUACCUACUCGACGACCUAGCCGAGGAAGGGCCCGGCGGACUCCUCCCCUACCGCGAUGCCCUGAAGGAAGUCUUUUCGGCGCGCGAGUACCCCGGCAGCUGGGACGGCAUUGACCCGCACGGCUACGACCGGAAUAUUCUGUUUAUGAAUUAUGAUGAGAUGCCGCUCAAGGUGCGCGAGUGGAUUGAGGAGCAGGAACGGACGGAUGGGGAGGGGAGGGGGUUGUUUGCUGUUUAUAACAGGCCGAUGCCCGGGACGAGGGUGUUGCAUACCAUUAAGGUGCCCGCGGAGACGCCGGUCAGUGAGGAGUGGAGGGCGAGGGAUGAGAGGAGGGUUGUGUUGUUUGCGCCGGGGGCGUUGUAUGAGAUUCUGCCGCUUUGGGUGGCGGAGGGGAGCGGGUGUGAGGCGCCCCUUCUGGACCUUUCCAAGUACAGCGCCAAGCUGGUUGAUGGAGGAGUCGUUGCCUACCCCGUCCACUGGACCUUUGCCAAGCGAUCGAAGGGGGAGAGGGAGAUUGAGUUCCGCAUCAAGGCGCAGGUGCUGAAGCUCAAGCCCGGGGAGGAUGCGGGUGAGGAUGAUGUGGAGGAGACUGUUCAGCAGAGUGCAAAGACAGAACAGGCCAAGGAGACGGAGAAGACGGAAGAGGCGGAAACGCCAGCAAGCACACAAGAGGCUGAUAAGGCCGGGAAAGACGAGCUAUGAGAGUGGUAAUAGGGUCGAGGAAAAUGAAAAGCUGAGCUUAGACUUGUGCAUGUGUACAUCUUACUUCAUCUGGUAAUGGCUUCGAUGACGAGAAUUUCCUUGAGAUGUGUUCAUUGGCUGCAGUGUGCCAACCUGACACCGCAGCACGCACGGGUAGCGUAGCCGUAG